UAUGAAUACGUUUACUUCAUGACCGAUAAAUACCAAUAAUGGAGCAAUAAUGGACAAAUGUAUCAGUUUUACAGUGAAAUGCAACCAAUGUUUGUAAAUUGUCAUAUAUUUGUGUUCUUCUAGCAGCGCUGUGAUUUACGGCAUCCGCUGUUAUCAAUCUGAAGCUGUGCGUUUUGAACUGAUAUAACCUGAACGUUGCUGUCAGGCAAUGCGCUUUGGACUUCUUGACAGUCAGCAAGGUGGAACUCUGAAAACCGUCGUUGUGACUGUGUUGGUCAGUGGGUUGAUGCUCCCUCUGCUGAGGACUGUGGGAUUGCGGGCGUUCUCCAUGGCUUCAGAAACCUACACCUCAGGCACUCACUCCGCAGCCUUCGUGACGUGUCCCAAUGACACAGUAGCCAAAGAGCUGGCCCGUGGCAUUGUGGAAAAGAAGUUAGCUGCCUGUGUCAACAUAGUGCCUAAAAUCACAUCAAUAUAUGAAUGGCAGGGGAAGAUUGAGGAAGACAGUGAAGUAUUGAUGAUGAUUAAGACGAGGAGCUCCAAAGUUUCAGAACUAGCAGAGUAUGUCAGGUCAAACCACCCCUAUGAAGUGGCCGAAGUCAUCAGCCUGCCCAUUGACCAGGGAAACCCUCCUUACCUGAAGUGGAUUGGUGACGUCGUGCCUGAAUGAGGAGCCUCUCUCAACAAGUACUCUAAAAAAAGCCACCUACAGUGUUGAAAAGUUAACUCAUUUGACACACAUGGAAAUGAUACCCCUACAUAUAUUCCUUUUAUUUGAUAAAGACUGAAAUCAUUGUAACUGCUCCUUAUUUUAAUCAGAUCUGCAGAUGGGUUCCCCUCAUGCAAAUCUGGAUUAUAGGCAAUAAACCACCAUGAACUUGUA